CAUCCAAACCCUUGAUAUCCGACUUCCAGACCAUAGGGUGAGAACACAAACCGGCGGGGCAAAAUCCACCAGACUAUGGCUAGCAGAUACUACCUGUUGAUCUUAUGGUCUGCGAUCUACAUGGAAAAUACAUUCGCUCAGAAUCUCACAUCAUCUAUGAACUUGCAGAACAUCUCAGCUUUGCCAGAUGGAUGUGGCCCCUACGUCAAAUCAAUGUACUAUGCCCUGUGUGAUUUGAAAUCCGCUUGGGGGAUCGUAAUAGAGACUGUAGCAGCCUUAGGAAUUUUUACCACCCUCGUAUUAGCUCUGAUAUUCUUGGCUCUCGCGCCUUCUGUUACUCGAGAUGAGCGCAAAGGUUCCAUAGCCAUUAACUUUAUGUUUCUAAUUGGCGUACUUGGCAUUUUCUCUUUGGUUUUUGCCUUUCUUAUUGCACCGAAUGCUGCCGUCUGCGCAUGCCGCAGGUUUCUUUUUGGGGUGCUAUUCGCAAUGUGUUUUGCAUGCUUGGUGGCACAUUCUGUAAGGCUUAACUAUCUGGUGUUGCAAAACCGCGGUCCUGGAGGAUGCUUGGUGUUUCUUCUGGCCAUUGGUCUAUUCAUGGUAGAAGCUGUAAUCAACGUGGAAUGGCUUCUCAUCACAAACGUGCGUCACAGCCUUUGGUCAGCAGAAUUGCCUGGCAGCCCUUGUAAUAUUACCAACCAAGACUUUGUGACUGCAUUGGUCUACGUGAUGUUCCUUAUAUUGGCUUCACUGCUUAUUCCUUGCCCGGUUCUAUGUGGACAUUACCUGCAGUGGAAACGUCAUGGGAAAUACAUUGUGGCAACAGCAUUUUCCUCUAUUAUCAUCUGGGUGACCUGGAUAACGAUGUACCUCUACGGCAAUGACAAAUUAGGCUACAAGCAAGUUUGGGAUGACGUACUUCUAGCAGUUGCUUUAUUAACAAAUGGCUGGGUGUUUAUUUUCUUCUACAUUAUACCCGAGCUUGUGGAAAUGAAGAGAGCUGGAUAUCAAUACGAAACAGACAGCCUAAGUGUAAUGAAAAGACUUUCAGAAUCUCCCCCAUCCAUUAUAGUUGAAAACAGAGCGUUCUCAAUGGACAAUCUUGAAGCAAAUGAACAAGCAGAAAAUCGGAGAACACAAGAUAAACCAGUUUCUCCGUAUAGUAACUACAGUGGAAUUUAUCCGACUUUACCUUUGUAUCCAGCGGAAAUGGAAACAGUGAGCCAUAUACAUCUACCGAGAGUUUCGAUGGAACCCUGGAGAUACCAUCUAUAAAUUACAGAUCCUCAAGCAGUGACGUCUUUUGGACUGAAGCAAUGAUUCUUCCAGCAUAACACGUUAAACAGAGCUCGAUGGCCGGGUGUGAGACAAGACAAUUGUGGGAAUCCUGUGGGAAGCAGAUAAUGAAUUUUAUCUACCCUGGCUACCAGUUCAUCUUCUCUAUGAAUAUUUGAUAAGACUACACUACAUAUGAAUUAUUCUCAGCCUGAUUUACGUUGCUUUCUACUUGCCAGACAGUCCCCCUGAGCCUUUAUUAAACCAACCUGUUAAGGUUUGGGAGAACAAAUGUUUACUUGGUGAGAACAGUGUAAAAUAAAAAACACCAAGCCAAUAAUGGCCACUGGUUUCGGAUAGGAAAGGGAUAUUUGAGUUGAUUACUAGAGUACGCUGGCAUUGAAGGUGUUGGUUAUAUGCGAGAAGCAGAGCUUCUACUUUUAGUGUAAGAUGAAAAGCUGGCAUAAUCAGUAUUCAUACGUAUUUAAACAAUUGUUGAUUAAAAAACAGACUUACUGCCAGAAGGGAAAAUUAUAGGUAAUUCACAAGUGGCUCUUAUAUCUUUUUAAAUCUCAAAUCUAAAAAAUAAAAUCUCAGGUGUUUUUUAAAAGGGGGGUCAUAUUUGUGACAUGGUCAGUAAGGCUCAUUUCAAAUCAUAUCCCAACAACAUUAAUGACUAUGUGGGCAACCCACGGAGAACAAUGACAAGAGAUACCUUUACCAGAUAAAGACCAGGUGUGGAGAAGUCUUAGAUUCCUUGACAUUUUGGCCACUACUGUCUGUCCCUUUUUCUAUGUUAAUGAUUACUCUUUGAGUGUAAUACGAAUCAAAAGAAUACAGUAUUGUACAUUUUUUGAAACUGAUAUAUGCAAUUUUAAAUAUCUUACCUGCUGUCAUAAUGAGAAUGUGUAUAUGCAUAGCUUUGGAAAGUGUAAAUAAAUAAACCUUUGUAGAAAACCCUUA